AUGGAUCGUAUAGAAAAAUUCGGUGAAGGACUUUAUCGGUAUAAUAAUCGCGGAUUAGUUGUACAAAAUGCAAGAGAAGAAAAAUUCCAUUACAACUCUAAAGGAUUACUAGUAAGAGCUGUUAAAAGAGGUCGUUUCGAUGUACGAUACUACUAUGACCAUUUGAAUAGAUUAAGUACUCGCAAAGAUAACUUUGGAAACGUAACGCAAUUCUUUUAUACCAACCAUAAAAAUCCAAAUGAAGUCAAUCAAAUAUAUAGUCCUCGAGAUGGAAAAUUAAUGUCAUUGACUUAUGAUGAUCGUGGCUUUUUAAUUUAUGCUCAAGUAUUCAGACAUAAAUACUAUAUAGCUACUGACCACUGUGGUACGCCAGUAAUGAUAUUCAAUCAAUAUGGGGAAGGUAUUAGAGAAAUGAUGAGAUCUCCCUAUGGUCAUAUAGUCUAUGAUUCCAAUCCAUACUUAUACUUACCUAUUGACUAUUGUGGAGGACUAUUAGAUCAGGUACAAAACUAA